ACACUCCACACAGCAACAAACCAACAAAGUCAUCACCAGCACCAGCCAACUCAUCAAACAGCUCUCUGAUAUAAUCAGUGGCUCUUCACGGCAAGACCGUCUGCGCCUGACCAGACUAAAGACCGAACUGUCGGAGUCUGUGCAGCGCUAUGGGGAUCUGCAGAAGAAAAUUGCAGAGCGCUCGAAGGCCUUGCUUCCUCCUGCACAGAAAGACAAGAAGAAGAGUCCCCAGACCCCGUUGGCCGAGCAGAACGAGGAGGGUCCGCUGUUUGGAGAGGAGGCGGCAUCAGACGGAGGAGUUCAGGCUUUCCUGUCCGAGAUCAGCGAGGAGGAUGUGGAGGUGCUCCGCCAGAGGGAGGAGGCUCUGCUGCAGAUCGAAAGAGACAUGUGGAUGUCAGUCAGAUCAUGAAGGACCUUGCCAGUAUGGUCCACGAACAAGGAGACGCUAUAGACAGCAUCGAAGACUACAUCCAGACCGCGUCGUCCAAUGUGGAUUCAGCCAAUCAGGAGCUUGCGAAGGCCAACCAUUACCAGAGGCAGCUGAGAAAGAGGAAGUGCUACCUCCUGGUGGCCGGAGCCAUCGUCCUGACCAUCCUCAUCAUCAUUAUUGCCGUUUCAGCCAGAAAAUGAGCCUGGUCCCUGCGGUCGCAGCUGUCAUUCCAGUGUGGCUGCCAUGAUCCGGCCCAGUCUGAACCUUGACCUGAGCAGCUGGUUUCCAGUAGGACGCUGCCCUGCGUCAACUUCUCCACUCCAUCAUCUCCGCCUCUGUUUACAUGUGCAUCAGUCUGAGGAUUCCACAGCAGUUAUUCAGCCUCUUAUGUAAUCAUCAUUGUCUGUUUUUUUUCUGUCAUUUUGGAUGUUUCCUGUGACUGGAAUGCAAUUAUCACCGCUGAGGCCACGGUGGUUCCAUCAGAGGCACACGCUGGGGGGUUUCCUGUCUCGGAUGUGUCCUGCGAAGGGUUCCCGCUGUGUGUCCGACACCUUCAGCUCCUCCAGACUGAUGAAGGUGACGCAGACGCUGGAGGAUGAGGAGCGGCGUCUGGAGCUCGACUGUGUUCACCGCUGGACUGUACGCUGUGCUUUGGUUCCUUCAAGUAUUUUUACUGACUUGAUAUUUAUCUGCUUGUAAUGUAAUUUAAUUAUUAUUAUUAUUAUUAUUAUUAUUAUUAUUAUUAUUAUUAUUAUAUUGUAGCGUUUGUUGAUAUUGGUACAAAUUGUGAGAAAAAUAUUAUAUCUUACCAAAUAAAAGUCUUAAGUCGAACAGCAACA